AUGACCGAGGACAAGAACCUCACGCCGUUCUCCAUAGCGGACAUACUGAAGUCCAACGACCGCGAAGGAGGAAGACGAGGAAGCGAUGGGAACGGAGGUCCGGAACUACUUCGCUCGGACGCGAACUGCACCCACGGAGCGUUGGACAUGACCAACAACAAAUACGGCGUCCACAAAAAAGGUACGAUUGCUUCGCGGACAGCGUCUGGCAAUUGUUUAUAGGUUCCGUCGGGAGGUUUGGUUUAAUGAAGCGCCUCUGCUUGUGGGGAUUAUCGGAUAUAAUACUAUAAUUACCUUUCCUCUCCCCCCUAACCCAUGAAAAUGACGUUGACGCUGUAAGUGUUUGAAAAGAAGUAGGUACUUCAAAUUACUAUUAAUUUUGUUAUAUCUCUAUGAAUAUUGCGAUUAAGUGUAUGAUUAAGUUUACUGCACGGAUAAAAAAUAAAUACCCGACGUUUUUAAUUUAAAUAAAAUUAACAGUUUUUUUUUUAAUCAAAUAUAAUACUGCAAGAGUGUGUAGUUUAAAAAAAAAAAAAAAAGGAAAAAAUUUGAAGAAAGUUUGAUUCUGAGUACGCUUCUGGAUAGACUGGUAAUAACUGUGUCAUAAUAUAAUUUACAUAUUGAAGAUUAACGCGUAGAAAAUUAUUACGCAAAAAAUUACGGGGUCUAGGGAGCACAAAAGUUGUAAUUUCCCGGGCGAUUUACUCGUCGCCUCUCCGAACAGACGUCUUCGUGACGGUGGCGGAAACGAAUAUUUAUAAUUUGCAGAUUUUGUUUGAUCGAAAAUUUAAAAAAAUUACUAUAUUUUUCGGGUUUUUUUUUUUUUAUUAUUAUUUGCGUCAUCGUUAUACGGGCGCGAUAAGUGUACAUAACGCACACUUAGUCAAUGACUCGGAGUUUCCGUUGCAAAUAUUACUGUUUAAACACUUCAACGUUUAUUAAGUAUUUCCUCCGUGUCAACAACAUAAAGGUAUAAAGGUUUUGCGUUAUCGCGAAUAAUUGAAAAUCGCGUUAUUUACGUUUUAAACAUUAGGCAUACACUAUAUACUUAUAUAAUUAUUAUUUUCAGCUUUAACAUUAAUGUAAAUUUUAAAUUCUGAGCGUAGCGUUAAAUAUCCUUAUAACAGUUGUAUUAUUAUAUGUGCUUUUAGGUUCUGAGCAGAGCGAGGAAUGUAUUGGUUUUAUAAUGAUGUUUUUUUUGUUUUUUCUCCGGACAUUUUUUCUAUCGGUAAUUUUGCUCCUAUUUACAAUGAUAGAAAUUUUUCCAAAAGGAAAUCUUACUGGGUUUUUUUUUUUUAUUUUUUCAACUGUUUUCAUUAUAAAUGGGAAAAAUCUGAAAAAAACAUGGGAAAACGAUAAAAUAGGUAUUAUAUUAAAAAAAUAUUAUUAAAGAAAAUAUAUAAUGCAUAUAAAUAACCAUUUUACCAUAAUAUAACAUAUAUAUAUUUUAUUUUAUGCAUACAUUACAAGCAGGUACCCAAUUUACAAUUAAUAUAUAUAGUAUAAUUAAAAAUUACAAGUGUGAUAUAAAGGUGAAUACAAUCAUUAAAAAUAACUUAGUUUGGUUUAUGAAAUCAUAAAGGAGGGGUCUGAAUUAGCAAUAAACAUACAUCGUCAAAGUGGUUUACUUAAACCAUAAUUGUUGAAGGAGGUUGGUAAAUUAAAAAUGGUACCUAUGUUGACGUGUGAAGCACGGAGGGGCAUUUAUAGAAAUUAGAGAGUAGGUGUGGUAAGUCAAUCUGCCCAUUUAAUAAUUUAGAAAGAAAUUUAAAAUUAAUAACAUGCCACGAUCUGCUAAUGAAUCAAGUUUGAUAUGCUGUUGACAAAAUAACACUAUUAACCGAACGCUGCUCAUAAUCGUUUUUCGUUAGCAAUUUUAAUUGUCAAUCGUUGCAUACAGAUAUGCAUUAAAUACAUGUUCGUUUUUUUGUGAGCGUACUUUUCUACCGGAAAUCUUGCCCUAUCGGAAGAAUUUUUUUUAUACAAAAUUUUGUUCGGUUGUUGCGUUGGUUGAUUUUCAAUAAAAGUUGUUUUUAUAAUAAUUGAAAAAACGGUAGGUACUUAAUAUGUUUACAAUGUAAACAUAUUGUAUACAUAUGUUAACAUAUGUAAACUUUACAUAUUUACGAUUUUUAAUAAUUUUGAUUUUAUUUUUUAGUUGUAAUUCAUUACACGUGUCGAAACUUUCUACAAAACCCAAAGUAGUGAUUUAAAAAAAAAUAUUUUAAAUAAAAAUGUCGGUGUUACAAAUAUUUACUUACGGUGAGCCGGUCAUUAAUUAGUAAAGGAAAUGAAAACAGUUUAAAUUAUCGUAAAUUCCGAAAAAUUGGAAGAAAUUAACUAACCGUCGUUAGUAAAUAUUUGCAACACUAUAAUUUAUUGUUCCGAAAUUAAUUUAUAAAAUGGCCAUCUCGGAUUUUGCAAAAAAAAAUGUAUAUAUUUAUUUAGUAUUGUCAUUGAUUUUAUAAUGUUAUUAUGACCAAUUGUAUUAUUUAUUAACGGACAUGAUAUAAUACCUAAUUAAAUAUAUAAAAAUCAUUGCGUUCGUCUCGAGCAGUUAUUGUGCAUAAAAGAAAAACACUACAAACAGACUAAAGUAUUAUUACAUUUUGCCGGGUGUCCGUGAGACACCCUGUAUUAUGUUGUUAUAAAUAUUUUACUGUCGUCGGGCGAUGACACACACGAUGUACGUCGUGUAAAAAAACUCGAGUAGGUACGACUAUUAGGUAUAAAUAUAUUAUUAUUAUAGUACAAUCGUACAGGGUAUUGAAAUAAUACAUAAUGUUUCGUCCCAGGUAUUAUGCGCCAAACCGUGUUGUUUAUUCGGAAACAAAAUACAAUACAAUAAUAUCGGUUAUACAAUACCUAAUAAUAUAAUGGCGUUUGAAAGUAAACGUAUUCUUGUCGCGUACCCGAACCGUUUCAAAGAAAAAGGUUUACAAAAGAUCAAACAGUCGCCGAAAGUAAUACGGUAGCGGCGCCGAAUCGGUUUUGAACUGUUCUCCGGUCAAUUUUCAUUAUAGGGCCAACCGCCGCCUACCUAUUUAGGUAUUAACCAGGAUGACCGCGGGGUUACUUUAUCCGCCGGGACGGUAGCACCCCAUUAUCGUAAACAUUCGUCAAAAUGUCUGGCUAUUGAAAAUUUCUGUAGGUUCAAUAGGUUCAAUUCGGUGUCUGAAAAUUGCAUCCCCAAAAAAAAGUCAUAAUCAUAGGAUAUAGGGCGCGGAUUUUUAUGUAAAUCCGUAAUUUUAUCGAAUGCAGAUUUCGCAAUUCUGAUUAAAAAUAUUAAUACGUUCACCCUGAAUAAAAUACAAGUUUUUUAUUAUACAUAUUUCCACACAUUUCGAUGUAAAUGCAUAUUUUUACAUAUUUUACCAAUGAGUACCAAUUCAAUUUAACAGAAAUAUUGACACUUACGCCAUUAUUAUAUUAAAAAUAAUUUUCUGAAUACAAAUAAACACACAUCAUUGGAUAUUGAAUUCGUACCAUCUGCAUAAUAUAUCAAGAAUGAAAAUAUAUUUCCCAUUAUUCUUGGUCGGUGUUGAACGCUCCUUACUAGCCGCUACAAAUCAAUUUUGAGACCUAACCGCCUGCGUACAUUUAAAUUUGAUAAUCUCCGAAUGUACUUACGUUCUUUCCAAGAAGACGAAUAAAUGAAAUAAAUGAAUAAAUAAAAUAAAAAAACAUCUUAAGCUAUAUCUAAUUUAAUUUAAUUUAAAAAACCUAUAUCUACUACACUUGUUUUAUACGAUUACAAUUAAAAAUUAAUUUAAAACACGUGUACAUAUUUUGACUUUUUUAUUACAUAAAAAUCCGUGUCCUAUUCAUAUUCUUAUGGUGACCAGACGUACUCUUUUUCGUAUGACAGUUCUCUUUUUUGAUGCAUUGUCCUAUAUCCUUAACAAUUAUGUUAAGUACAUGAAAUUGUACACAUUUUUUUUUUUUCUGAAAAUAUAAGCUAAUACGUGUUCAUGUAAAAAUUCAUGUUCAUUAAAAUCAUAAACAUAUGAUUUAGUAUAGUUUGAUUAUUCAUUUAGAAUUUAAUAUUUUAUGGUUCCACCUAGGUAUUGCAUUACAAACGUUCGUAAGUGACUAACAAUGGUUGAAUUUAUUUAUUUUAAUUUUUACCUUUAAACAUUAAAAAGGCACAUGUUAUAUUUUUUUAAAUUGUUAUGUUUUUGUAAUAAAUAUGUAGGAACCAUAUAAAUACAUGUUUGUAUUUAUUUGAUAAAUGUUUACGUUUAAAAAUUAAUUUUAAUAUUUAUACUUUAGUUAUACGUGUGUACUUUAAAUUUACUUAAAAUUACUUAAAUUUCAAAGUAUUUUCAUCAUAAAAAUACAAACCAAAUUGGUUGAAAUUAUGAUUUCAAAUAAUUAGUUUUUAUAGUUGAUAAUAGAAAAAAUAAUAAUAGAAUAAUCAGAUAAAAAAAAAAUUAUAUAUAGAUGGAGAUGAGCUAUGCGCAAAAUGGGUAGAAUAGUAUACACAUUGGCCGAUUCUUUCAAGGGAGGGGUUUUUUUUUAUAAUGGAGGACAUCAAUUUUAAAAUGUAUGUUUUUUUGGAUUUUCAUAUCUGGUCACCAUACAAAUACUAUGUAAAUUGCGGCCCGGGUAUAUUUUUUAUAAUAUUUGUAUUAAGGUGCCACUUAUUUUUGAAGAAAUUCUAUCCAUUUAACCCCCUCCCCACGCUAUCACCUCGAAAAUAUGGUCUGGCCUUGACUAAACUUGAAUCCCUUGUUUGGCGCCAAUGGACAUUAGGUACACCACUAGGUAUAGUGCAAGAUAUUAAAACUGUUUCAACCGUUUAAUGGUUUAUUAAAAUGCGUUUUUGAAAUCUUAUCACUGCAGUAUUGAUUUUUGUUUGUAUUAUGCAUUGUUUUAAAGAACAGCACGUCUAGAAUUUAUUUUUUUUUCACAUUCCACAAAUACUUACUUUAAAAUAUUAAACAGUUAAGUAUAUCUUUGACUCAAUUUUAAAAAGAUAACAAAAUAUCAUAAUAUAUUAAAUUAGUGUACAAAAUGUUCGUAAAAUCGUUUUGAUAUAUGAACAUUAUAAACGGGUAUAAUGAGUAUGUUCAGCUAAACCGAUUAAAUAAAUAUUGAAAACCGAUUUAAUUUCAAAUCAUUUUACUGUCACGUCGUACAAAAGUACUAGGCGAACGAGACUGUCUUGCGCCUCUAAAAAUAUAAUAUGCUUGUCAAACGGACUUCGAGAAUUUUAUUGUUUGAUUUUCCUUUUAGUUUUCUUAAUAGUGGGAAGGGAAACGUAAUUUGAUUUUUUCGUUGUAAUCCAGUAAAAAUUAAUCGCAGAUAACGGAAAUUACAAAAUUUCAAAACAUAUUUAACCUAACUUCGCUCAGAAUAUUUGUUUGUUACUGAUGAUUUAUCGUUGCAGACGGAUAUACAUGUAAUUACCCUUUUCCUACCUCUUUUUCAGACUUCAACAAAUAUAGUUAUUAUCCUAUACAAAAUACGUGUUUACAGUUUUACUGUGAAACCGUAAACAUAAUAAUAUUAUAUUUUAUAGUUUCACGGUCGAUUGUGGCUUAUGUCAAAAGGUGACUUCCAUUCGCUUUUUGAGAUGUUAGGUGAGUAUACCAUUCUAAACAAAUUUUUUAACUUGUUUACGGGUGAGAUGUGUUUAUAUACACAAUUAUUUAGAUUUCAUAUUAUUGUAUUAAGAGUGUUCAAAAAUGAAUUGAAAAUCGUACAUUUUUUCUCUUUUCCAUUGGAUUUAAACGAGUACAAUUUCCACCGAUUUGGUGACCACCUAAAGAAGAUUUAUGAUUGUCCACUGUUGAAAGAAUGUCCGGUUUUGCAGCCAUUCGUAUUUGAGAAGUUUAAAGUGUAAUCAUUUUGUCCGUAUAUAUAAAAUGGUGGUUUACUAAAUAGUGCAAAUAAGUUGAGUUUUCAGCAUUUUCUUACUUUUAUGUUAUAUAAUAGGUUCUCUAGUUGUUCCUAAUUUUCUAUCCGGUUUAAGACUAUCAAGUGUAUGGUCCAUCUGUAAUAAUUAUUUGAAACGAUUUUUAUCAUAUGGCAAGAAUAUUAUUAUUCUCGUCGUUAUGAUGUAGCAUUUUAAAAUGUACGUAGUAGUACUUCUUCACUUUUUAAACCGCAAUAAAUCGUAACUUACAUUACUCGUUAUUCGGGAUAGUUAAUUAUAACUCAUUGUUAAGUUAUAAAAUGUAGUAAUCCGUAUAGCAAAUAGUCACUUUUGAGUAACUCUAUACGUGUCACGCAUUACUUUCCAGCUUUGCCGAGAACACGCAUUACUUUCCAGCUUCGCCGAGAACACGCAACUAUAGAAACCCAACCAAAUAAUAUGUUAUAGGUAUUAUUUUAUUCCGGUUUUCGGUCCCGACGAAUCAAUACAUCUGUCGAACAAAUUUAAAAACGUUUUGAUAAUAAUUAAUUUCUAUUAUUACUCGACCGCGGUCAUAGAUUUAACCGUCCUCUCCCCUCCCCCCUCCCCGGCCCGAUCCGAUCCCGUACACUCAUUUGCCACUUGCGUGUUGUCUAUACAACGUUUAUAUAAUUUGUUGAUUGAUUCAUUCUAUUUAUUGAAUAGCUUUAAGAGAAUAAUAUAAACGUAUUAUAUAUGCGUACGAUUAACUUAUUUAUUAGAUUGUUGUGCGCUCUUGUGUUAAAUUUUAACGUUUUUCUGAACGGAGGGGAAAAAUUAAAGCGUUCGAGUUUUAACGCGUAAACACAAUAUUCUUAAUUUAAGAAUAAAUAAACAGAAUUAAAACGUUCGUUAAUUAAUUUGAUAUAUUUAUAAACAUAUAUUGUAUUGAAUUAUAAUACAAAUAAAUAUUCACCGCUGCACUAAUAACGCGUUCGACGCAGUAAGUAUAAUAAAAUAUUAUAAAUAGUUUGUUUUCAUAAUAAGUCAACACUUUGGAAUUAAAGUUCUUCAACGAUACUUAAAAACACUUAAAAAUGUUCCAAGAACAUUUUUUUCCCUAGGAUAAAAUUUAUUUUCGUGCAGUUUAAUGAAAUUCUGCAUCGUUUUAAUGUCGUCAUUAUUACAGUCUUACAUUUUCUUUUCCAUUUUCUUAUAAUUUUCAAGAACAAAUUAAUUUUUUCUCUGUAGUACUUUCACGAGUAAAAAACAUUUUUUCAUAGUCUUAUUAACUAUUUCCUGCAAGUAUUUAGCGCAUCGGUUCGUAGCUAGUUAUUAUUAUUAUUAUUAUAUUAUGAACUCUAUUGGUAGUACGGUUUUGUUUUUACGACGUUUUGAAAAAAAUCUAUUCGAAAACGGGUUUGUCACUUGCGACUCUGCCGGAGGAAACUUUUUUAUUUUCGCCCACAAACUUCUAUAUAGGUAUGGUACCUAUAUUAUAUAGGAGAUCAUCAUUAUCCACUUGAACGCGGACGCAUCGGCGGUCGGUAGGACACCGCGGGACGGGGGCUGGACGGUAAUAAUGUCCCGGUGGUAAACAAAAAAAUAAAACGGUGGCGGGGACCCCGCGUGGUCGUCGUCGUCGGACGCAAACAAACGUAUCGCGUGAUGGGAGCAGACGUUUUGUUUGAAAAAGUCAAGUGAUGCAUUAACCGCGCGAGCAUCGCCGGUGAGUGCUCCUCGUCCCUAUCGUUUUAAUAAUAAUAAUAUCAUAUAUAUAUAUAUAUAUCUGAUUACCGAUGACGACCGCUUUAAUCAAUUAGAGGAGAGGAGAGGGGAAAAAAUGAAAAACGACAGAGCCUAGUGUGUUUGUGUGUGUGUGCGUGCAUACGUGUGUAAAGUAAAUGAACCUUAUGGUUCACUCGUGCACUCACACGAUCUAAAUAUUAUAUUAGGUAUAGUAAUUAAUUAUAUUCUUAUGUAUAUUAUAUCUACGGGGCUAAGAGACCAAACGCGAUAUUAGUCCAUGUCCAAUUUGUGAAGAUUUUAUAAGAGUCUGCAUACUAUAGGACGGGACAUACCUACUUCGCAUCAUAUGGCCUCGGGAAAUAGGAUAGUAUUAAUAUGAAAUAUCGAGUAUAAUAAUCCACUUAUCGUGAACCCGCAGCGAUUAUCUCAGGAUGUUUAAAUGGAUUCGAUUUUCGACCAUUAUUGAAUCGUUUAAGCUUUAUUUCAACACUAUUUUAAAUUUUCUACUUCUAUACCUUCUACCUUAUACCCGAAAUGAGUAUAAAAUUUGGAUUUUCAAAUCCGUACAAUACCAAUAACUGAUUUACUGUUUAUGAGUUAUAACGGUUCAAAGAUUGGAGUGGAGGAGUUUGGAUAUGGGUAUGCAUUUAUCAUCUAAAUUCAAGUUUAAACAAUUUGGAUAUCCGGGUAUAGAAUUUAGAAUUAAAUGUACCCGGCCUUACCAAACUAUUUAUCAAUAAUUUGUAAAUAGGCAGCUGAGAAAUAGAUUUUAUAUCGUACGAGGAGACACUUGUCAAACAGUUCAUUGUGUGAUAGCAGGGUGUAAAAUUGAGUGUAUAGUACAUCAGACUGAAUGUAAUACGAAAUAUUAAGUGUGCAUUAGGAAAUUAAAAAGUGUACAGUGGUUAUAUUAUGAUAUUUAUUAAUUAUGAUAGCUAUAAAUAGCCUAAAAAUAGCAAUUUCCUUUUUGGAUAUUUUACCUCGUCUACAAUAAUUUUUAACCGACUAACAACAAAAAACCCCAAUUUCAUACACAUUGCCGUAUUUCCUACGUUUUUUCUCCGUGUUUUCGUAACUAUUAGGAAAAUUAUACGGAAAAUAAAACAACAGUUAUUUUAUUCACAAACUAGAUAAAAUUUUUUUUUAGAAAAUAUGCUAUUCUUGAAAUUCGGACAAAGGUUUCGGGUAGAAAAAUAUAAACUUGAAAAUAUGAAAUAAUGAAAUCGUGUCGUAAUUUUAAAAUUUCGUAUGUUUCACUAGCUGUAUAUUAAAAGAGACAAAAUCGAUCACUUGUAAUUUUUCAAUUGGAGCAAUAUUUCUGUUAAAAACAGUUCGCAAAAAUUAAAAAGAUGAAAACGAUAAUGUCGUGGUGCACCGUAAGUAUUAAUCGUUUACCUAUAAUUUUCUUUCGGAUUUUCCCAAUUAUUUUAAAAACCCCUUGAAAAAUUAAAAAAAAUUAUCUCUGUAAUGCACCAACUAGAUAAAUUUUCUUUCAGAAAAAAUGCUAUUUUUAAUACAUUGAAGCAAGAUUUUUAGUAAACUAUUUGGAUUUACAGACAAAAAAAUACACAUAAUCAUAGUAAAACCAAUAGAUUCCUCGCCACGCUCCGAAUCUAAAAAAAUAUACAAAUUUUUUCCCUCUCAGAAAAUUUAAAAUCACGUCUUAAAGGUAGAUAAUAUAAUAUAAAUUUUGAGUUUUAAAUCUUUUUUUUUCUUUUUUUAAAUGGACCAUUUGUGUUUAUAAUAUGAUUAUACCUAGAUAUAGAUGAUGUUUUUAUGGAAAAUGCUACAGCGUUGAUGGCCGGAACGAGAUUUCUGAUGGGUACUAAAUUUGUUCAUGGACGGGAAAAAAAACACACACACCGCAGUAAAAUCAAUACAUUCCUCGUCGCUUUGCUCAGAAUCCAAAAAACGAACCGGUCGUUCUUAUAUCGAAUAAACUCGCGCCUUCUAUUUAUUCAUUUUUUUGCACACACAAUGAUAUUAAUUCGCGUCGCACAAACGACGACUGCGGUGUUUAUUGGCUCCAAUAAUAAGCUCCAUCGCUACGACGACGAAGAACGAAUAAUCAAAUUUACGGUUCAGUCAUUAUACGCACGUACCUACUGUUUACGUGUACAUACUCGUACGCGGGACAAAAGUCGUAAAAAACCGUUUAUUACUUUUAAAUGUGACGCGUGUGCGACAAUUAAUACCGAACGGCUUGCGGUAAACGUCGUCGGUAAAAAAAAAAAAUAACCCCAAAGUCCAUUAGCCGGUGUUGCGACGCGUGCUGUACGCGUGUCAAGGUAAAAGCCGACCGGGUUUGCCCGCAGUACAAGUGGUGCAAGUGUCACGCGUCACUACGUUCGUUAAUAUUCGCGGGGUUAGACAAGGAAAAAAAAAACCGGAAAACCUUUUAACGCUAUUAGCCAACGCCGUCACACGGACUGUUGUACUCCGGUGGCACCGACUUGUACGGGUCGUUGUUAACCGUUUCCGUUCGGUCAUAAUAAAAAUAAAUAAUAAUAUACGAAUAUUGGUGCGAACGACACUUUUCAAACAAACCCCGGCCCCGAGUUGAUAAUAGCCAGCGUAUAUGAUAUCAGCGCAUAUUAUUAUCCGCAGGCAUAUCGCUCGCGGUGUUCGGAUUAUAGUGCGGAAAAAACAAGCGAAUGUAUAGACUGGGAUAUAUGGUACGGGCGUAGCGUCAAGACAAGAAGAAACGACGGGGAAAAUUCGGGAAGAUUUAGGCGAGAGUAGACGAGACGAGAUAGGCGAGAUAGACGAGGUAUCACUAUCGUAAGUGUUGAUGGAAACCUGGGAAGAGAUAGACGGCCUUGGUUAGGUUGAGUUCAAUUUUCGAGAUACGGGGCGGUAAUUUCGUUUAAGUUUCUCGUUUUAUUUAUUUUUACGAUUCCGGGCACUGGGUAGACCGACGAAUAAGUGGCUAGAUUUGAUUAUUAGGGGAGGUACGUGGGCGUGUGAAAUAGCUGAUGAAUAACGGUGAUGGAUAAGGGGAUGUGAAGGGUGAGAACAAGAGUAGGUGAUCCCGCUUGGGUGAGAUAAAGGCGAAAAGGCAGAAUAAGAAUUUUAUAACUCAUAAAUAAUAUAAAAACCCGUCAUUAUUUUAUUCUUUGUUGGGAUUUAAUAGUCCAUACGUGAACAAUGAAACAAUUUCUUUCAAAAAAAUCAAAAGGUUUUUUAUUUAAUUUUUUUUUUACAAGUAUUUUAUGAAAAUACAAUUACAAUUAUAUGUAAAAAAAAAUUGUUUUUCCUAAUUGCAUGCCUUGGGUUAAGGUAUACUGUAUAAAUAGUCUAAAUUUCUUAACCCGGACUUGGCCACGCCCCCUUAAUAUUUUUUACUGCACUCGUCGACGAUUGGCUUAACGAUGGAAUAUAUAAAAAUAUAUUGCACCCAGACUUGCGAAAGCUAUCUUUAUACAAAUAUUUUAAGUAUAUAUACAGGUACUAUAAUAUUUUAAAAUGCAUUUCGAAUACGUAGAUACCUACUUGAUAAGCACUUCACUAAAAAAUUUAUUUUAGUACGAAUACAGAUACUUUUAAAAAGUAUGUAUAUAUUUUUUAAAAACUUGUAAUAAUUUAUCCAUCCAAUAGGAUAGAAUCAUUAAUAUGGGUUUUUUUUUUUUUUUUUGUCUGGUUUAAUACCAGAACAAGGUGAAAUAUCGAUUUCAUGUACGUUCCGAAGCGGUUUAAUGCCAUGCGUUUCGAUUUAAAACAUGGAACAAAAUGUUCAAAAAGACGAACGGACAUAACCCGGAUUAAGGGGGGUCCAAAGAAGGUCAUGGCCCCGGGACUACCAGACUCCCAGGGCCGCGGGUUUUGUCAACAAUAUGUUCUUAAUGUAUGCAUUUAACCAUUAACUAUUUGAUAUUUUUUAAUUGCCUCAUGAUGACUUAUUCGUAUUAUUAUACAGUAAAAACUACUAUACCUAUAGUGACUAUGUUAGAACUAAUGUUUUUAUUUAUUUGAAUAAUAUUUGUGGCUUUUGGAUUGACAUCUCUAUGGCAUCUAUACUGUUUAUUAUUUUUCUAUUGGUAUAACAUUGAUUAGACAAAUGUUUAAAAGAAACGUAAAAUUGUUAGUCAACGAUGGCCCAGAGGCCUCUAAAUGUCUUGUUCGCACCACGGGUGGGUCACUGUUGUAAAUGAGAACCGUGUAUAUAUUGGGUGUAGAUUGGAAGAUUUGCAAUAGGGGUAUUCAAAGACUAAAUGUCACCAUCUCCCGAGACAUUAAACGGUAAUUCAAUAUUGAAAUUAAUUCCAACUUUUAACACCUCAAUCAACCUGUAUAAAACAGCUCAAAUUUUCUAUAAUUCGCGAGAUUCAGCUAAAUUUAAUCCAAACGGAGUCACUAAAUAUGCCCAAAAGUUAUAACGAAAAAAGAUGUCUAUUGUCCACGAAGAUGUAUCCAUUGUAAUAUCUCCGGAGAUAAUAAAGAUAUUUAAGUUCUGUUAUUUCAUAUUACUCAUAUGGAUAAGGACUAUAAAAUAUUUAUAUUUUAAUUAAUUUUUUUCUUGUUUUAGUAAAAAACUUAAAAAAACAAUUUUUUAUUUUAUACAUUUUGAAAAAUUUGAAGAUAUCCAUUCUAUAAAGUUUAUUCAUAUGGAAAUUUUAACGUUUCGAAUUUUUAUUUUUGUAAAUUCGUGAUUUUUAAUAAUUUUUUAAAGUUUUUAAAAAAAAAACAGUCAAAAUGUAACAACCUAACCUUUAUGGUGACGUAACUAGUUACAUUGUGUGGGUAGAUUGUUACACUAUAACAUUGUACAUACAAAUAAAGCACAAUAAUAAUAAUAAUAAUAAUAAUAAGCACUUUAAUAAUCAUAAUCAGCAAUAAUAAAAAUGAGCAUUUUAAUAAUAAUAAUCAAAUCAGCAUCAUAAUAAUCAUCAAUAAUUUUAAUAAUACGAAUCGACAAUAAUAAUAAUCAUAAUACUUAUAACAACCAUCAAUGAUUAUAACUAAUGUUAAUGGUUAUUAACAAAUAUCAUAAUCAGCAUUUUAAUAACUUAAUCAACAAUAAUCACGAUAAUAAUUUUAAUAAGGGUGUAUGAAUGAUGCUGAUUUGAUUAUCAUUAUUGUUAUUGCUGAUUGUGAUUAUUGAAGUGCUUAUUAUUAUUAUUAUAAUUAUUACUAUGCUUUUUUCAUAACGCUUAUUACAAUUAUUAUUACGAUUUAUGUUGUUAUAAGUAUGCUGAUUAUUAUUAUUGUUAAAAGACAGUAAAAAAAAAAAAAAAAAAAUGUAAAAAUUAUGUUAGAUGUUUUAUAAAUCGAAAAACUUUUGUGCCAUACAUUUUUCUCCGUUAUGAAUAUAUAUUUUUUUUUGAAUAACAAAAAUCCGAUUUUCGGUUUUAUAUACACCGUAUGUUUGUACGAUAUCCGAAAAUGGCUGCUGGGGGUCGCGUCGCCGAGAGACCGGACACGGACCCCGGAACAAUCAUACACGUUUCCGUUUCGUAAGUUUUCGGGGGCGCGGUGACAGUGAUCGAGCGUAUAACAUACCCGUGUCGAGUGUUUAUGCCGCGGCGCUUUAUAAAUAUUAUUAUAUUAAAUCGGAUUCGAAGGGUUCACGGCGACACGAUAUUAUAUUAUUAUCACGCGUGUGUUGUUUAGUCUGUACGCCGUGUAAUACGGACGCGCGGUGUAAAUAUACAAGUGUGUGUGUGUGUAUACAUAUAUAUGUAUUUAUUUUUUUAUUUUUUUCUAAUAGAUUAUUACGCGCGUGUUUCAGACGAUCUUAAAUUUCACGACAUUGAAUACCGGAGGAGAAUCGAGCUGUUGGGCAACGGUGAUUUGAUAUUCAACCGGACCGGGGCCGACCACCGGAGCGCGCUGUCGCGAUUCCUGCGCACGCACACCGAGAGACCGCUGCACAUCCAACAGCGGAAAAAACGGUCGCGGGCCGCUUUUUCGCAUUCCCAGGUCGGUACACGACAUUAUUGUGACGACUUUGUAUCGGUACGGUAUUCGAAAUUCCGUGAACAUAGAAAUAAUAUCGUUAUAUUUUUUUUUGCUCUUCAAUCGCAACGAUAUUCGUCGGCUUUGGUUUAACGCUGUACACGAAACAACACCGACGAUACUACGAUGUUUUGACGGAGCCGGUGUGAGAUUAUCCCGGGGCGGCAAGAUCUAUCAGGGAUUAUCUUAUCACCCCCUCCCCCCUCAAAUCGACUGACCGGGGUAAACGUUGUCUGAGUCCAAAUAACACAUUUUCCGACUCCCGAUAACGUGUUAACGUAUCUUUUUAUCUUUCGAUAAUAAUUAACGAUUAACGAAUGAUUAAUAAUAAUACAUUUUACAAAAACUAUUCGCAUGUCGAUUUUAGAUUCUAAGCUAAGCGGAUUUGUUUCUGUGUGAACAACUUUUCCACCCAGAAAUAUUGCACCGAAGUAUCAAUUAAAUUUAGUCGAUAAAUUAUAAAGAUAUUCGUUCGAUUUUCCAAGCGGUUUUCUUAAUAUUUGGAAAAAACGGGAAAAUUUACCAAAUGUAUUAUUUUAAAUUUUUGUUUUUUUUUUUUUAUUGUUAUUCAGUCAAAAAUAUUCGUAGACUUGAAAUUUGGGCAGAAAACUUAAAUUUUUUAGCCAUUUUUGAGCCAUUUAUAUACAUUUUAAUUUUUCAAAUGUUUUACGUUAUGUUUAUUCGGUUUAUAACCGUAAAUAUUACUAUCCGAAAUUUAGCCUUUCAAAACAUAUUAUAACCAAACUCCACUUAGAAUCGUUUUUCGUUAACGAUGAUUAAUCAUUGCGUUACAGACACACAUUAAAUUCCCCUCUAUAGCCAACGUUUCCAAUUUCGCAUCUACAACAAUGAAUUGUCCAUUAUGCGGUAGUAUGCCCGUCUUUUUUUAACUUUGAUUUCAAACAAAUAAUAAAUUGUACGGUUCUAAUUUAACAGUUCGUUAGAAGAGGGGAACUUAUUAUUUUCGGCAUCUCUUUCAAUAAUUUUGGCCCUGAUGUUAAAAAUUGUAAAGUUACUAUUACUGAUACCGCGAAUCAGAUGAAUACGAAAAAUUAGUUAUUGUUUAUCCACGUAAAAUUUUUUGAAAAAUCUAGAGCGGAGAGGUACACGGUUUCAAGAUAACCAGGCGAAAUGUUAUAAAACCGUAUUUGUUCUCGGUUUGCAGGUGUUCGAGCUGGAACGGCGGUUCAACCAGCAGCGUUACCUGUCGGGUCCCGAGCGGGCCGACCUGGCGCACUCGCUGAAGCUCACCGAGACCCAGGUGAAGAUCUGGUUCCAAAACAGGCGGUACAAAACCAAACGCAAACAGUUGCAAACGUCACCGGCGUCCGGAGACCGUUCGUCCGGUGGCGGCGGCGCCGCGGACGGCGGUGCGCCGGCAAAACGGGUGGCCGUCAAAGUGCUGGUCCGGGACGAGUGUUCCAACAACAACAACAACAAUAAGACGACCGCCGUCUAUCACCAGCCGCCCGCGGGAUACGCCGGGCCGGGGACGGUGGCGGCUGCGGCGGCGGCGGCGUCGGUAGUGGCCGGCGGCGAUUACCGUCUGUUGCUCCAGCAGCAACACCAACGGCAACAACAAAACCAUCAUCAGCUCCACCAGCAGCACGCCGUGCACCGCGGUGCCGAACUGACUGCCGCGGGCGGUUACCAGGCAUUCGGUAACGGCGCCGGGCUGCAUCACUUUCCGCCGUCCAUGGCGGCAGCGGCCGUGGCCGCGGCCGCGGCGGCCGCUCCUUACUACUGUUACCAGUACGGACCGGUCAUGGCGGCGGCGUACCUGCACGAGCAGCCCGGGAGCCGGGUGUCGUCCACCACCACCACCACCACCACCACCACUUGCACCGACGAACAGGACGACUCGUCCAACGACGGCAGCGAGUGUUCCAUAAACGUCAUCGACGAGUGUCCCACGUCCACCACGGCCUCCGAAUAAUCUAUCCCGUAGUACAACCUAACCGACCGCGGCCGGUUUCCGGCACGCCGGGCCGCGGAACGUCGACCGAUAUUAUCCCACCGCGCGACCACGCCCUUCUCCGGUGUUCAGCUUUGUCCCCGCGCUUUUCGCUCUCGGAAACGUAUAAAUCCGGACCGCGCCCCGCCGUUAGGGUGGUUUUACAAUAUUAUUGCGUUAUCGUGCGUGUUCUACGAACGUUUCGGCUAAAAUUUUCUCCCGACAAAAAUACGUCUCCGGAAUCUGUUGUUUUUUUUUUCCCUAAUGUUUCGCCGUAUGGAAAUGUCCGCACGUUACAUUCGUCCCGGCCGCCUGUUUCGUGAUCAUCGCGAACCCGCGGGCCGGCUGUCGACCGCGCGGUGAUGACGAAAUCCCCGAGUGCGUUUUCCGAAAACCGCCACUCGCACGCGACCCCUUGGUUUUCACACGUCAAUAUUUUUCUACAAACGCAUUCGACAAGAGAACGCUGUUCGGGGCAAUUAUCGCGGUGCGCGUUACGCGUACAAUAUUUCCACGCCGCGUUCGAACAAUCAUUGUGCGCGUAUAGCAGUGGCCGGUAACGAAACCGUGAGAGAUAUCACUUUGUGUAUUGUUACACGCAUCCGAUCGAAAUCGCAGUCUCAUUCGCGACGCUCGCCGGUCCUAUGACGUGUGUAAUUGUUACGC